AUGGCUCUACAGGAGGACGAGAACACUUGGGUGUUAGAGCUGGAAGCAGCAUUGCUUGACACAGAAGCACCAUCUGCAUCCGAUAUAUAUGCCAUUUGUAAAGGUCAGCCAGUUCCUGCCAAUUUAAGACCAGAUGUCUGGCUGGCUUGCCUCUACGUUACUGAUCGAGGUGAUCAAUUGAGCCAGUUUAAUGAAGUUUACGAUUUACCCGAGCAAAAUAUAAUUCGCGAAGAUUGUCAACAGUUGGUUGCAAAACUUGGGAAUGAUGAUGAAGAUAAAGUUUCUGUAGUUUCUGAUCUUGAAUCUAUAUUAACAUUUUAUUGUAAAAGUAAAUGUAAACAAUACGAAAGAGGAAAUGGAUGGUUAGAAUUAUUAGGUCCUUUAAUAGCUUUAAAAUUACCACGUGCUGCAACUUACAAUCUCUUUGAAGCAAUAAGAGAUAUCUAUAUUCCAAGAGGUGAAACAUAUAGUUCAGUUUUAAGAUUACUACUUCUCUAUCAUGAGCCAGAACUCUGCUCCUUUUUGGACACGAAGAGGAUAUCGCCUGACCAAUAUACAAAAGUAUGGGUGAAUACCCUUUUUGCUGGUGUUUGUUCAUUACCAGCAGUCUGUACAAUGUGGGAUCUAUAUUUCAUGCAAGCUGAUCCAUUUUUCAUGUUAUUUCUCUCGCUUAUCAUGGUUAUAAAUGCCAGAGAGCAAAUUUUGAGUAUGAAGGAUGAGGAUAAGCAAAGUAUAAUAGAUGCAAUAGCAGUAAUGCCCUGUGCUUUGGAAGCAGAGGAUGUAACCGAUUUCUGUUCUUUGGCACAGUAUUACGCGAUGAAAACACCAACGUCUUUUAAACAAGACUUGUAUCCUGUAAUGUAUGGUGAAAGCUCCGACGAGAAACUAAUAUCCCACGCAUUAUGUUUACCGGUAUUGGCGCAAGAAUUAGUAGAAAACGCUAUUGAACCUCCAUCCAUACCUAACAGCAGUGUUGAGGCUGUUAGAUUCUUUCUCGUGGAUUGCAGACCUGCUGAACAGUAUAACGCAGGUCACUUACCAACAGCGUUUCAUCUUGAUUGUAAUUUAAUGUUACAAGAACCUGCCGCGUUUGCUACCGCAGUACAAGGCUUGCUACAAGCUCAGCGUCAAGCGCUAGCUGUCGGUUCACAAGCUGGCGGAGAACAUCUUUGUUUUCUGGGAAGCGGUAGACAAGAGGAAGAUCGCUAUACACACAUGGUAGUAGCAUCCUUUUUACAAAAACAUACACAAUAUGUCAGCAUGGUUACCUCUGGAUAUCAAGCCAUUCAUGAAUAUUUUGGCGACGAAGUGGUAUCAAGUCUUGUCGAUCACAAUUCGCAACAUUGUCUGGUGUGUAAUGCUAACAUGUUAGAGGAAAAUUCGAACGAAGCGAGCCCCGUUAAAGUCAGAAAUAACAAUUCGGAUCUCUUGGGCAAGAUUGGACUAGCUAUGAAGUUAAAGAGUCAGGAAGUAAAGGGGAAGCUAUUUGAUUACAUUGUUAAUCCCACAGCAAAUGUUAAUAGCAAUACAGAAAAAAGAGAUAGUAAAGAUUUGGACUAUAUUAGACGUCAGAGAAAAACUGCGCCUGUGUUUAGUAUAGACGAUGAUCAAGAGAUAGAUAUGACGAUGACUAAUAAUGAAAGUGAAGAGCCUAUCGAAGUAGUAUCUGUACAACAAUGGAUGAAAGAUCCUAAGUUAUUACAUUCCUUUAAAUGCCAAGAAGUGAAAGUUAAUGGCGAUCUCUGUGAUAGUCAACUAUUAGUUACCGAUAGUCACCUUAUAGUACUGCGAGAAAUCCCGGAGCGAAAAGGCGCUGCGCACGUAAUCGUGAAACGUCCUUUAACGAGCAUCGUCAAAAUAACGUCGAGAAAGCGGCACGCCGAUCUAAUAACUUUUAAAUACGGUACAACGCAAUAUAACGAUACAGUUAUUUCUGAUAUGGAUAAGUUUCUUAUACCCAAUGCGAGUGAAGCGACUAAAUUAAUCACACAACAGAUCAUGAGACAACUGAAAACAUCAGAUUAAUAUUAUGGGUAUGUAUUUUAUAGAAACAUUUCAGGCUAAUGUACAGAUCUUACGAAGUUGAAUUUGUGACGAUCAAUUUUCUUAAACAAAUUUAUCUUUGAUAUAAACAAUGUAUUUGAUUUUUUUAUAGUUAUUUAUUGAGAUAAUUGUUUAUUUUUUAUUGUAUUAAAUAUAAUUAUUGGAAUUUAGAUGUUGAGUGAGAAUAUUUCUAAUAUUGUUUAUAUUUUUUAUGAAAAUCAUAAUUUAACUAUAUUAUGAAGAUUUUAUGUCCAUGUAAUUUCUUUUGUAUAAUCAAUCAGAUGACGUUAUGUCGUUUAUAUAUAUAUAUAUAUAUAUAUAUAUCUUUUUUAAAUAUGACAUUACGACUGACCUAAAAACCAAUGCGUUCAUAACUUUGUAAUUCAUGUUUAUAUGUAAUUAUAUUGUUAGAGUCAAACAAGAGAAUGCAUUAGAUUUCUAAUAGAAAUAUCUAAAGGCCUUCAAACCUUUGUUGUCUAACAGUGCAUAAAAUUUUCGCAGUGCUAAUGUUAGUCAAGAUUAUUUGAUUAGAUUAAGAUUCUGUAGGAAGAGCAGUCAAGUUAUCAAGUUACAAAUAUUUAUAAUAAAUAUAAAAAAUUAUUGUAUUAUAAAAAAAUCAAUACAGUUCCUAAAAAAUAUA